AUGAAAAGCAUUUGGAAAAUUUUGAGUUGUGAGAUACCUGAGGCGGGUGAGAGAUUCAACCAGGCUUUAAGUCCUGAGGUGGUUGUGAAAUUCUAUUCUGAGUUGCCUGAGAUUUUGGCUAGAGCAAUAAUUGCAAGGGAAAAGAGAGCGGCCAAGGCAAAAAGAUCUACGACUGCUGCAGCGAGAGCAAGCCAAGCAGCCCUUGUUACUCCAGGAAUGCUCUUGAAGUUCAUGUUUUAA